AUGUUGUUGGAAACUAUUCUUGCGGUCUUCCUUGCUGUCGGUAUCGCUCAUUGCCAGACCCCCCCGGGAUUUGAGCCGUCUACAUCACACAAAUUGGGAGUUAAGUUCAGCAAGAAGGUUGCUGUUCAUCUGGGAAAUAAGCUCGAUAAGGAUGAUACCCAAACUAUACCACACUUAAAGGUCAAGUCACUAACCGACGACGCCAAAAAUGCCUACUGUCUUCAAACAACAAUUUUUUCGUCCCACUAUAUGGUCUUCAUGAUCGAUUUGGAUGUCCCUCAAAAUGAUACCACAGUCCCAUUCUUACACUGGUAUCAGCCUGACCUCAACCUAGAUCCCAAGUCAGGGAGACUGUUCCUUCCUAAAUCGAGUCAUCUUUCCAAUGCUGAAUACUACCCUCCCUCACCGCCACCAGGACCUCCGCAUCGCUAUGUCGAGUUGCUUUUUGGUCAACCGCCUCAUUACAAAUUGCCAUCGCAGUUUGAGAAGUACCUAGACAAGAAGUCAUCGGCACGUGCGGGAUUUGAUAUGAAAGAGUUUAUAAAAGCGGCAAAUUUGAAAAGGCCGAUUGCUGGGAAUUGGUUUUUGGUUCAGAAGGUUGAGGAUGAGAAUGAAGAGCUAUGA